CAUUAAGGAUAGUGGCAUUGUCUGCAGAUGCAGCUUUACCUUGGAGUUUUAUUUGCCGAAUGCUAUUACAUUCUUUAAAUUUUUGCAACCAACCAGAAGAAAAUUGUAAAGUUCCUUCUGAAACCCCAACCCAGCAGCAAGCAACUUUGCUUUCUCAACCAACAUAG